UGCCCUGCCCUGCCCUGCCAGUGCUGCCCCAGCGGCUUUCGAGGUAGGAGCCAGGGCGCUGCGUGCAGCUCUGCUCAGCCUGGGGCCUGGCUCCCCGGGGCUGCGAUGCCCCCUCUCCUCUGCUCCUCGCUGGUGGCAGGGGUUCCUUGGCCCCGGCUGCUGCAGGCUGCUCCCCACUGCAGGGCCCUGCUCCCCCGGGCCUGGGGGGGAUGCUGGAGGGAACUUAAUGGGGGGGCUGGCUAUGGCGUGGCUCUGGCCCCAAGGCUGCAGUUGCUCCCCUACCCCCUCCCUCCUGGCAGCUGGGCUGUAGGAAAGGCUUCAGGGUAGUGCCAAGGGGAUGCGUGCCUCGGAGAGAUGCUGGCUGCUGAGACUGGCCCACUUGGGUCGGAAGUGGCAGCGGCAGUGUGAGCCAGCUCCUGCAGCUGAUGGCAGGGCUGCAGCGCCGGGUGCGGGGUGCCUGGCAACGCCGGGAGCGUGCGGAGUGCGGCCCGGAGUGGCGCAGGUGUGGGAGGGGCGUGGGCUGGCAGAGAUGCACAGUGGCACGGCAGGCGGGGGCGGGAGCCAGCACUGGGCUUGUUGGGGGGCUGCAGCUGGUGCUGUGGGGUAUGGCUGUGCUGGUGGCCAGGCCGGGACAGCAGGGCCCAGACCUGCAGCAGCUGGAUCCAAAAAGCCGAGGUGUGCCACAAAGCUGGAAAGGUCCCAGCCUCCAGCUUGGGGGGGCCUGGCCUGGCACCUGCCCUGGGUGCAUGCUCGGUCUGGCUGUCAGCAGCCCCUGGGAUGCCCCUCUGCAAGCUGCCCACGCGCCCAGAGCCCUGCCUUGCCCUGGGACAGCCACCCAGCACCCCUGGGAUGCCCCCUAUGUGCCAGGGCUGAGAGUGCUGCCCACCUGGCUGGGGCAACCGGUCACGGUCAGCCCCAUAGCUGGGCACCGUGUUCCCCUGUCCUGGCCCUGCCACCCCCUCCCCUGGCUGGGAGACUGGCAGGGCAGAGGGGCUGCCCCUGGGGAGGUGUUGGGCCCAUCCCUGGGGUGAAGGCUUCUGCUCCUCCUCCCGUUUCCUGCCCUCCCUCCCCUUCCUGUGCCGCCUGGGAGUGGCUGCUCAAAGCAUCCGCCCUUUCCCAAUCGCUGCUGCCAUCUGCCCACAGGGCCACGCCACAGGCAGUGCUCACCCCGUGGCCCGGGGCAGCCUGCCAGCGGGCACCUGCCUGGCCCAGCCUGCUCUGCACCAGCCCCAUGCCCCCCGAUGUGCUGCAGGCCCCACCUGUGCCCCCCACAUGCUGAGGCCUGCUGCCCCUUGGCCGGUGCCAGGAGGUGCCCGGCUGGUUGCCCCGGCUGCCUGUGCUGCAAUGGCAGGGCCUGGCUGCCCUUUCUGACCUCCCCUCUCUGGUUUUGCAGGGCCUGGCCACGUCCGUUGGAGGUGAGUGUGACCAGCUGCAGAGCAUGGCUCAAGGGCUGGCACUGCUCUGGGGAGCAGUCCUAGGAGGCUGUGCUGGUGCCAGCCUCUGCAAUGUGGGCCCAGGCCAGGCCCCAGGAGCCCGCAUGGAGCCUGCCACAGGCAGGCCCCAGGUUUCUGUAGUGCACGAGGGUCCCUCGUGGAGCUCCUGGCAUAUGCUGAGGCUCCAAUUGGCUCCUGCCCCCAGUGCCCCCUGGGCUGGGGUCCUACCCCCACUGCUGCUGAGAGCUGAGCUCCUGGGCGGGUGGUGGUGGCUGCAUCGUGCUCUGCCAGCUGCAAGGCUUUGGCCAGUGUUGCUGCCCACUCUGUGCCCACAGGUGCCUGAGACUGACGCAGCUCUGUGAGGCCCCUCCUGGCCCUGGCUCCCUGGCGCUCCUGGGCACUGUCCAGCGAGUCCCUGCACAUCCCUGGGGGCUGGCAGGAGCCAGUCGGGUGCAGUGCUCAAGCAGCCAGUGCAGACAGGGGCAUCAGCACAAGCUGCUGCAGACUCCAGCCCAGGCAGAUGGGGGAGGGGGCCUGGCUGGAUGGUGCCUGUCCCGGUGGUCCUCGGACACAGAUGCCCUAGGCCGCAGGGAGGCUGCGGCACCCAUGUGGCGCCCGGCUGGAGCUGACGUCUCUCUGUCUCAGAG